UAUUUUGUUACAUUUUACAUAGAAAAAGAUAUUGCUCUUCGAGGCCGGGCAACGCAAUCUUCUACCUAUAUCGGGAUCACCAACGCUAUAAAUGCCAUUGACGGGAACUUGGACACCAACCUCUACCAUGGUUCAUGUUCCACCACAAACCUUGAUACGUCGCCAUGGUGGAGGGUGGACCUACUGAGGCCAUAUAAGAUUUCCCAAAUCGUCAUCACCAACAGAGGAGACUGCUGCUCAGAGAGAAUAAAUGGGGCAAGCAUCCUUAUUGGAAAUUCUCUGGAGAACAAUGGGAAUAACAAUCCAAGCUGCUCAGAAAUCAACUACAUCCCAAGUGGUGCCACUCAGAGCUUCCAGUGUAACAACAUGGUUGGCCGAUACGUAAACAUCAUCAUACCCGGGCAGCUGACGUAUCUCUCUCUUUGUGAAGUUCAAGUAUUUGGAGUUCCUGCAGAUAACACGCCUACUUGUCUUUAA